CGUUCAUCAAUGACAGCCCUCUUUCCGACCGAAUACAUAUAGGAAAACCCGUCUACUUGACUCUGUAUCUUUUUGCGUUGGUGUUAGUCAGUCUGCUGUCGCACUAUAGCUAUAACUAUUGAGUCAGCUGGGAAGAAGACCCACCAAAAACGGGUUAAACACGUGGCACUGUAUUUGCUAGGAGGAGAGAGACAGCGCACUUCGGAGAAUCAUCACGCUCCUCCUCCCUCCGCUGGUCGGCGGCGCAUACAGUUAUUUAUAGUUGAUAGGGCACAUCGAACUAAGUAAAACAGACCCCUGUUGCUGCAAGGAACAGUGGAGAGAACAGAGACUGCGACAGUAUUUCAAUAGUUAUUGAUAGGCUAUAGCAUAGGAGAGAGCCAUGGAAACUAAAAUCUACGUCUCCGUAUUCGCUCUAGUCUCCAUGAGCCUGUGUUUGAAUGUAAAAGGCCUGGACAUGAAGCAGACCCUCCCCAGCCAGGCCUCACCCAAGCCAAUCAGAGGUGAUGUCCCCAACAACAGCAGCAGCAUCAGAGACAUCAUCGGAACAGAGGCGGUGAUGGACCCAACCAUUAGCCAAACUCCACCCUCUCACACAGAAACACCUGCUCCCUUAACCAGCAGUGUUCGGGUCUCCACACAAUAUGUCCCUGAGAAGAACUCCACCCAAGGGAACGACACUGAAAAGACCCCCGAAAACGUUUCCGUCCACCACAUGAACCCUUCUAACACCACCGCUGGCCCUACCACACCACACACGCCUGUCUCUCCGAGCACUCUGCCCAGCCAUGUCUCCAGUCCCUCCACCCAUCAACCGAAACUCAAUACCACCAAAACCAACACCACCUCCCCAGACAAAUCAUCCCCCCUUAGGCCUGAGACCAUCCCGACCACCUCCUCAACCACCCAGCCCCACUCAAAUGAAAGCAGUAACCUAGAGAACUCUACCCUUACCCAGCCUACACAGACCCCCAGUCCCAAAUCUACCACCACGACCAGCAUCACUCCCUCAGCUGUACCUCAGUCUGUCCCCCAGCCACGGACUUCCAGCAGUACCCAGUCUCCCCUGGCCACCACCCUAACCAGCAGCCCUCCACCCCAGGCUAAAACACACACGAACACCCCCUCUCAGCUCAACGUGGUGGAUGCAGGGCAGCCGGUGUUCCACAGUGGCACUCCCGCCUUAGACCCACUCCUGGCUGGACUGGUGUCAGCCUUCAUUGUCACUGCAGCGCUCAUUACCCUCCUGCUUUUCAUCAAAAUGCGAAGACAGAACCAGCGGCCUGAGUUUCGCAGGCUCCAAGACCUGCCUAUGGAUGACAUGAUGGAGGAUACUCCCCUGUCUAUGUACAGCUACUGAUGGAGACAGAGGGGAGACAGACUGGCCUAAUGGAACAGCCCCCCCUCCCCAGACCCUCUGUCUCUGACCAGGUGGAACAGCCCAACCAGCAUUCGAACUGGGGUGGCAUCUCUAUAGUCUAACCUGGCCUACAGUCCUAGUCUCGUCUCCUUCAUCUGAACUAACAUGAGACUUGGACUAGGGAAUGCCCUAAAUAGGCGUCUCUACAUUACUUUCAUUGAGCACAUUGUUUUUCUUGGCAGUUUAGAUUGGGGAGAUAUGACAGUGAGCCAUGUUUGACUGUUGAGAAGAACCCCCCAGGGUUCCCUCACUACAUUGCUGUCUCUGUGAGCACCAGUGGGGUUUUGAGUGUGAACAGCUCUCCUCCUGGUCUGUGUGGAGGUCCAUAGGUUGCUUUGGCUGCAUUCCCACUUCACUGUACAUUCUAGUGAUCACUCUGUCAGAUGUUUUGGUUGAGUCGUGGGCAGUGAGGGAUCCUCUCCUUUCAUCAACAGUUUGAGCCUGGUAGGCUCCGGUUCCUGGCUACAGUGGGAUACAGUACAGUUGCACUUUACAUUAAAGAGAGGCUGUUUGUGUGUGUGUGUGUGCAGGAAUGGGAGUUCAAGGUGAGUGUGGUUUUGAGUAUUUAAGUUGUGUUUUAUGGAAACUAGUUCCUCUCUAAAAGUUUGUGCUUAUCAUUGUUCUCUUCUUCUGUUUCUUCCUUGGCAAGCUUGUCUGGUGGCUUGAUUCAGCCUCGCAGCAAGCGAGCAACCUGGAUUCAAACUUGAUUGGGGGGGUCUUUUAUAGUUAUCUCAACUACCGUUUAUAGACUCUUCAUCCCCUUCCAGAGCUAUAGACAGUUUACUCUGCAUUUUACUCCAUCUUCUAUUUCAGCUAAGUACAUUCCAUGUCUUCUGAACUCUGAGGCUGGUUUGUCUGCCAAUCUAGUUCUCUCCGCCAGACAGACAGGCUCUGAUCUUUGCUGUAACAUGUUUGAGUUUAACCCUGGGGCAGAUUUCAGCAGCAGAGAUGUGAGUGGACAUGACCAUUUCCAGCUGAAAUCGCCCAGUCUUUUAAUACAACUGACUCAUUGUUCCAAUCGUGUUACAGCACAACUUGUUGCCAGUCAGUGCUUGUGCCAUUAGAAGUCCAUCAACUGUCACACAGGAAGGGAACUUGGAGAUAUCAGCCACGGUCACAUACAUGGUAAAUGUAUAGCACAAGACCAUAGAGAAACUGUUGAAUGAGCUUGAUGCUGUAUUGAUGCAAGGUGAAUUCAGGCUGUGAGCCGUAUGUGGGUGUUUCAAAUGACCUUUGCCUCCCCCGUUCCUAGCCCACAUCUUCCGGGCAAGGCUUGUCAAUAAGCCAUGUUUGAAUUAGUAUUUAUGGUUAUUGUUCUAACCCAGGGAUAGAAACAGACCAUUGUCCAGCAGAGUGAGCUGCUUCCUGCUAUGCACCUGACACCACCGCGGGGAGGGGGGUACUUGAAGUCAAUGGACAUUGUAUCACUGACUCAACACUGCAUGUUCAGGUUUAGAAAAAGCAAUAGUUUCUCUUUCUAUUCGAAAGAUUGCCAUCUUAGUGUUACUGCUUGGGAUGUCCCCCUCUGGUUGCCGGAUUUGUUUGUUGCUGAAACUUCAGAUGUUUGUUGCCAUGCCAUUUGUGGUUCUACUUGACUCCAUAUGGAGGGGGAUGGUAAUUUAUCUCCACCUCGGUUUAAGUAGUUUCUUAAAUGAAGUGCCACAAAAUAAACAGGUUGUAUUAAAGGUUACAAUGUUUCACUGUUUGAUGUGCAGUCUGGAUUGAUGUUGAUGUUUUUUUUAUUAAAGAAAUUAAAACCAGC